UGCCGUGAAGGUACUUCGCGUUACAAGGCAAACGCGUGAGUGAGCACGAAACUUUACAUCUCUGUGCGCGAUCACAUAAAUACUUACGACGAUCAUGAGCGGGCCUCAGUCGAAGAAAACGAAGAUCAUGAGUUCGUUGAACCAGUUAAAGGAUCUCACCACGGUUGUCGCCGACACCGGUGACUUUCAAGCUAUGGAGCAAUUUAAGCCCACUGACGCAACAACAAAUCCAUCAUUGAUUCUCGCUGCCGCUAAUCAAAAGAAAUACGCUCAUCUGAUUGAGAAAGCUGCUGAAUAUGGAAAAAAAUCAGGAUCUACUUUGGCUGAGCAAGUUGAAGCAGCUCUCGAUAUCAUUUGUGUGCUGUUCGGAAAAGAGAUCUUAAAUAUAAUACCGGGGAGAGUUUCCACGGAAGUAGACGCCAGAUUGUCCUUUAAUAAAGAAGCCAGCAUCGAGAAGGCGAAAAGAUUGAUUGCUCUGUACGAAGGACUUGGAGUAAGCAAGGAACGCAUCUUGAUCAAGCUGGCAUCGACUUGGGAAGGCAUCCAAGCUGCAAAAGAAUUGGAAGAAAAAUAUGGAAUUCACUGUAAUCUGACACUGUUGUUCUCCUUUGCGCAAGCUGUUGCGUGCGCGGAAGCUGGUGUCACUCUUAUUUCGCCAUUUGUUGGCAGAAUUCUUGACUGGUAUGUGGCAAAUACCGAUAAAAAGUCUUAUGAAGGUAAAGAAGAUCCAGGCGUUGUUUCCGUAACGAAAAUUUACAAUUAUUACAAGAAGUUUGGUUACAAGACAGUUGUGAUGGGUGCUUCGUUCAGAAAUGUUGAUGAAAUCAGAGAACUCGCUGGGUGCGACUUGCUUACUAUAAGUCCUAAAUUACUAGAGGAAUUGGAAAAGAGCAGCGAGCCUGUUGAUAAAGUUUUAAGCGUGGAGACAGCAAAGAAAUGUGAUCUGCAGAAGAUUAGUUUAGACGAAGCCGAAUUUAGAUGGCUUUUGAACGAAGAUCAAAUGGCAACCGACAAAUUAUGCGAAGGCAUUCGCAAAUUUGCAGCGGACGUACGCAAGCUUGAGAAGCUACUGCAAGAAAAGAUUCAAGAUUAAAAUGGAGAAUUUUGCGUUUUAUGUAUCGCGACAUACAAUAUUUUUCAAGGGCAUAAUAUUAAAUGUACAAAUACAUUCCUACUGUUUAUGUUUGUAAAAUAAUUGUAAAAAAAAAAUAAUGUACGUUAACUACAUUAGUAUAUUAAGUGGAAAGAAGGAAUAAAUUGAAAUAUAUAAAUAUAUUUUUGGAAAUACAUUUGUAGGAUGGAUAAAUAAAACGUGUGCAAAACAUAA